GCAUACCAUCAAUUUUGUAAAGCUGACUUGCACACAGACUUGCAUGCGCUAGGGUAGGAUAUGUGAGACGAUAAAAUAGCCAUUUAUCGUCCAGCGCGUUCACAAGCCCAUUUUCGCCGAGCGACCUACAUAGUGCAAAUAUUAAUACUACUCUUUCACCGACCGGAGCUUGUGCAUAAGUGGGAAUUUGAGAUAGGAUUUUCUCUCUAUGUAUAAACGCGUUUAUCCUUCGUGAAACUGCAUCCAAGUGUUACCGCAAAUUGUUAGCUUUUGUUCAAAAUUUGCCGGAUGCGAAGGAAGCGAACGAUACUUAUUACAUUAUUAAUUAGUAAUGCCGUGCGAGUUAGUGUGGCGAUUUCGGCUGCAUUUCCUUACUGACGGCGAGCAAAGCUGAUAUUCGUCUACUUUUCUACUAAAUUUAUCUAUCAUUGUUCGACCGGAAACGAGCUCGAUUAUUUUGCCUCUGCCAGCACCGCGCCGUUUAUUAAUCGCACAGAUUUUACACUGGAAUGACUGGAUCACUUGCUGCGCCGGCAUACUCGAUGAAUGAACAAUCAGUGGAUAAGAAGCGAUUUUCAGACAAAUAUGCCGCUGAUCCAGCCACAGACUACAAAGCCAUCGUGACUGUGAUUUGUCAAUCCCCUUGCUAAAAGACCCAUCGUUUUUCCGCGUAUUUGCACACCGCGUCCGUUGUCCAAUAAAAGAGCAAAAAACAGAACAUGGAUAACAGCAGCACAAUGGGCCCAGCGCCAUUCACGCCGCCCACUGAAGCAUCCCCGGCUGUAACGGCCGUUAGCACUUACCAUCCCUACGUGGUCGGCGGUGUAUUUGGGCUAAAUGCUCUGCUUUCCCUGGGCUAUUUGAUUUAUUUACUUCACUAUCGAGCCCACAAUCAUAUGGGUGGUUUGAUAUCCGGUCUACUGCUCCUCACAUUCUUCUUCUCCGCCAUCCGUGCUCUGCUCAUCGGGCAAGCGUUUGCAACUGAAAUCCGUCAGAUCCUGGCGUGGACCGACAGUAUCCGGACGGUAUCGAUUUGCUCCAUAUUCGGGUUGGCCUUUAUUGCCGUGGUACGCAGUGCCGAAUCGGAGCUGGUCAAAGCCAAUAUCGCCAGCAAGUUGGCGUGCAUAGCGUGCAUUCUGGUUAACUACGCGAUUGCCGCGGUUCCCACUAUUUUAUGGCACGUUAACGUGGACCAAUUGGUCGGGAAAGCCUUACAAGUGGCCUGCGACAUGUACUUUAUGACAUUGCUCUGCAUCAUGGGAUUUGCCUACAUUUUUAUGCUACCGAAAACUUUAUCGAUGGGGCGUAAUGCCAAGGCAACUGCCAUCGCGCCGCGGCGUAUCCUAACCGCGGCACUGGUGGGAUUAUUAGCGGCCGUUGUCGCGCUGGUGUAUGUGAUGUUCCUGUCGAUGGGAUUUCUAACCGAGCGGUUAGGGAUUGACUGGAGUAAGAGUGUGAUGAGCGAUCAGUCAGUGUGGUCUGAUGUGCUGCGACAUCUGUGCGCGCUGGGCACCAGCGCAACGGAAGCGAUUCUCACUGGGCUGUUGGUUAUCUGCGCUGUCCUGCUAAUCAAAACACCGCACUCUUCGACGCCGGAAUUAUCACCGGCUACAGCGCCGGAAAUGCAGGGCUUGCUGUAUCCGGGACGCAAUACAAUUAAUAAUCCGACGGCAGCUUAUCGCCCUGCCCAUGCUGUCCACAGUAACGGCUACCAUCAAAUUGAUUUAUAUAAGAACGGCAAAUAAAAUUAGCUGGUGUGGGAGAUACACGUGCUGCGUAUAGACUAUGAAGAGAAAAUCGGAUCGGAUCUGGCAUUCCAUGGCUGCACCUCGUUAAUCGUUUACUCUUUGGCUGAACUGUGUAAAUCUGUGCUUACAUCUUUUUGAAAAACAUUAACAGAUUGACGAAGUAUGUGGGCAAAGCUAUAAAUGGAAUUAGACUAUAGAAGGAAGUAGUGAAAAGGCUGUUUUGGUUUAUUAAUGUGAUAUCUUUUAUCUCCGUGUGUACCGUCGAUAUCUUAUUAAAUUGCGAGGUUUGCAAUUUUCC